GCGGGCUGCCUGAGAGGUGCGGGUCUUGCCUCUGUUUCUCAGUCAGGCUCACCCCCUGGUUUCAUGGACCCUUUCGGUUGGUACCCUCCGCCCGGGCCGCCCCCGGUGCUAACACUCCCGGCUGAUCAGUCUGCGGACUGGACAUCUUGGGUGCUUCCUCCUCCGCCGCCCCCACCGUCCAUUCCACCGCCUCACCUGCCCCCUCCUCACCUGCCCGCCUCAUCAGAGAACUCCUGGGACUUCCAGCCGGCCCGCGACUGGUCCUGGGCGCCGGCUCCAGGCUACGAUGGCUUCGACCCUCCGCAGGGACACUGGUACCAACAGCCAGGCAGAAAUUAUCAUUUUCCCAAGAAAAACCAUGACAGAUCAAAUCGAAAUUUCAAAAAUCAACAAAGUGGAAAACAGAAACAAAAGAAAAAUAAAGAACCAGUUUAUACCCAUUACUGUGAUACUUGUGACCGUGGCUUUAAAAAUCAAGAAAAAUAUGAUGAGCACAUCUCUCAGCAUAGAACAUGCUCGGUUGAUGGCUGCAGUUUUAGUGCUCAUGAGAAGAUUGUUCAGAUUCACUGGAAAAAUAUGCAUGCUCCUGGUGCCAAGCGGAUAAAAUUAGAUACUCCAGAGGAGAUUGAAAAGUGGAGGGAAGAGAGAAGAAAAAACUUUCCAACCCGGGCCAAUAUCGAAAAGAAGAAAUUGUUACAAGAGGAGAAAGAGCGGAGAGGAGAAGUGUUGACAACGACCCAGUUUGGAAAGAUGCAGAGGAAGUGGAAACAGUCCCCAAACGAAGCAAGUGGGAAGCAGCGGCAUGGGAAGCACCGCAAGUGGCAGAAAUGGCAGAAGUGGCAGAAGUGGCACGGCGGCCGGAAGACGCCAGGGGCGGGUGAAGAUGCGGCCAAAGGCGCGCCCCCUGCUGGCCCUCCUCCGGGCGAUUCCCAAGCGGAAUUGCCGCGUGCAGCCCAGGCGGAGGUCUGUCAGAAGGACGUGGAUCCUCUGAGCGUGCUGGCCGACAGCGAGGCCGAGUCCGACAAGGAGGAGAAGCCAGAAAAUGUUGUCAUCCCCAAGGAAGUCACAUCAGCCCUGGGCUUACUGAUGACUAACUACGGGAGCAUGUCAGGGUCAGAGAGUGAGCCAGAGGAAACUCCUAUCAAGACAGAAGCAGAAUCCCCAACAGAAAAACAGGUCAUCCUCAACGUUGUCUCUCAGAAUCAAAGUCAGGAUAUCGAGAAACAGGAAAGAAACUCUCCUGUGGCUAAAACUAAGAGCUUACGGAAAAAUUGGAUGAGAAAAAAUUGUAGGUACAGGAGAAAUCUCUACAGAAAGAAGCCAGUAUCUGAACCACAGAAAAGACGUCCACAGCUCCUAGAGAUGCUUUUAGCCCAGGACAUAAGACAUGAAAGAAAUGUGAUUUUGCAGUGUGUUAGAUACAUCAUCCAAAAUGAAUUUUUUGGACUCAACUCCAAGGCAGAGCUACCAUUAGGACAAACUGAGAAUGGCCGGGUGUCUGAAGUUUCAGAAUCGUGAACGCAUCUGUCCGGAUGUCUGGUGGCAUCUUGGAGGCCAGCCCUGCAAGGACGUCCUGACAGAAGGGAGAACUUUUACUCUAGCUGAUAAAUCUUAUGUAAGAUGUGAUCUCACACUCUCAGAGCAUUUCAUUGGAGAUGCCCUUAGACUCUUGGGUCUGUGCUUGCACUGUUGGCAUUGUGCACAAGGUUUGCUGGCAGAAUUGCUUUUUCUGUUUUUACUUUUGAUGCCCAGGGAAGUUCAGAGGCAUCCCACAGGUGAGAUCGUGGGACUGGAGUUUAAAAUGUAUAAUUCAGUUAAGCAGAGACUAAGAGGCAGGGGAUGGGGAGGAAGGAAAACUGUAACUUUUAUAACUUAUUUGCACAAUGAAGGAACAAAGUGAUUUGGCUUUUGAUGAGGGAGAAGGAAAAGAAAUAAUGCAAUUAAAUGAGGACUGUUAAAAGGGUCUUCAAAUUUACCUCUUUUAGUCCCAAGGACAUAUGUUCAAAUCUAGCUGUGCGCAACCAGAUGUUGCACUUUGGAAACGCUUGUGUAGACAUGCUCUCAAUUUAUACUGUAGAUUCAACUCAAGUGUCCUUUGCUAUAGUUCAAAUUUGGACCAUUGUUUUUUUCUAGUGAAAAAGCAUGUAAAAUCUAAUAUUCAAUGAGGUUCAACUCAUUUAAUAGCAAAAGCAGUGUUGGUGAAGUUAUGUACGGCUAGGUCUUAAGUUUCAGUUAGAUCAUCAUAAAGAUAAUAAUUUUAUCCUUAUUUUUAACAAAUAAGUCUUUUCUGAAUAAAGCCAUUGAGGUCUCUUGCCUCUUAAAAAUUACAGGAAUUUUUGUUUGUG